CCAAGUCGUAAACGCACUCUGCCUCUCUCUCCAUCCCUCCGCCUCCAAAACCCUAAUCUCCCCCAAAACCCGGCCCCGCCGCCUCUCCAGCCAUGCCUCCCAAGUUCGACCCCUCCCAGGUCGUCGAGGUCUACGUCCGCGUCACCGGAGGCGAGGUCGGCGCCGCCAGUUCCCUCGCUCCCAAGAUCGGUCCUCUCGGUCUCUCCCCCAAGAAGAUAGGAGAAGACAUCGCCAAGGAAACCGCCAAGGACUGGAAGGGCCUCCGGGUCACCGUCAAGCUCACGGUCCAGAACCGUCAGGCCAAGGUCUCCGUCGUCCCCUCCGCCGCGGCUCUCGUCAUCAAGGCGCUGAAGGAGCCCGAGCGCGACCGGAAGAAGGUCAAGAACAUCAAGCACAGCGGCAACAUCAGCCUCGAUGACGUCAUCGAGAUCGCAAAGAUUAUGAAGAACAGAUCGAUGGCUAAGGAUUUGUCAGGGACUGUGAAGGAGAUCCUCGGGACCUGUGUUUCUGUUGGGUGCACUGUGGACGGGAAGGACCCUAAGGACUUGCAACAAGAAAUUACCGAUGGAGACGUGGAGGUUCCACUGGACUGAGCUCUUUUGCGUUUGGCAUUGAGGCCAGUUUUGGUAUUUAUAAAAGAUUUGUUUUUGUUGGGUUUUGUUUUAUGGUUUUCUCCCCAGUUAUGAAUUCUAUAGAGGCAUUUAAUCUAAUGGGAAAUGUAGCGAUUUAGAGUGAAUGUUUUUUUUUUUUCAGAAAAUUAUGUUGGGACGUAAAUUUUAUGUUCAAUCUGAAUGCAUUUGCUUAUGCACAUGAGUUAUGAUUGUUUAUUUGAUGUUUUGGUGGGUUGGCAUAUAUGUGGUUGAUGAUGGACAUGUGUUUAUUUACUUCACUCACAGGUGGAGAGUGAUUCGCUGUGUUUAUUUAGUUGAUCAAGUUGUAGAUUCUCUGGUCUCAAUGUACACCAUUGAGAACAUACAACUUUGUUUAAUUUCUGAACGGCGUUGUCUAUUGACUUCACUCACAGGUCAAGAGAGAUUCGCUCUGUUUAUAUAGUUGAUUAAGUUUUAGUCUUUCUGGUCUCAAUGUACACCAUUGAGAACAUUCUAAUAGUGUGGAAUGAUGACUUCAGUUUCUGAAUUGUGGUGAAAUGCAUUAGGUAUGCAAUUACAAUUUGGUAAAGUGUUUAGAUGAUGUUAUGUGCUUCCUUGAAUCAAUUUGUUAGUUUGUUAUCUGUGUAACCUAGGGUUCUUAUGUCGAGUUUCCUAUGGAACAGAGAACUGAGUUUGAGUCUUAUUGUGUGGAUCUUAUAAACAUGAGUUUUGUAGCAACAAAGACAAGUUUUUGAGUCUCAGGCUUGGAGCUAAUAAAGAUGUGAAUCAACAAGUUGGGAUCCUAUAAAACUUGAACCUUUUUGAUUGAGUCAGUUGGAAUAGGGGUUUAUAUGCUCAUUGAUAUAUUGUGCUUUAUUAUUUUUUUUUGUUUCCUUUGUUGUGUGGUACAUAGGGCAUCAAUUGUGACUUUCUGCCUAUAAUGCGACUUAUUUUGGAGUAAAGCAGAGUCCAGUUUUGAUACUUGUGUCGUUAGUUGUGAACUUGUAAUAUACAAAAUGGCAGAAACAAGUGUAUCGUUAUCUUUUUUUUUUCUGUCUUCUGUUAAUGUUUACAUUUGAGUUGAGACUUUAUGUAGUUCUUUAGGAAAGGUUUUGAUUACAUGAGUACAUGACUGGUGGAUUUUGAUUAGAUGUAGGUCUUUGUAAGGGUUUGGAUAGUUGUGACACUUUGGUGCUAUUGAUUGAUUAUGCUUUUGCAGUGUUGCCCAAUUGCCAGAUAAUUCUCUAGGCAUACCUAUUAAUGGAAAUUCAUGCAUGUACAUACAACCAUCCUCAUGUGAUCAUUAACUAGUAGAGGGGGGCUGUGAGGCGAUGUUUCAUAGGUAAUGCAUUUGCCAGAUGCUUUCUUUACUUCUUGGCACAGAAGUGAGAGGUAGAGAACAAUUUGGCAAAUUAAGGCUGGUAAUUUAGAGGCUGCUAUUGCUGUCCCUGCACGUUUCUCCUUGUAUUCCUUGGCCUAUAUCUCUUGCCAAGAAAUUGGGAAUGCUAUGUUUAGGUACUAGGAUUGCGGAUUGCCACUGGUCUCCCAAAGAUUUGCUAAUUACUACAGAUUUUCAUCUUUUAGGUAUUUUCCCAUUCCGACCUACCCUUUUCUACUAUAAAGGGCCUCCACAUUCCUACCGAUGUUGUAAUAUCUUCUGCUCUCUUACAAUAGACACAAAAGCGACCCUGUUGAUCUCUCUUCUUUCUUGUUAAAAGAACCCUGUUGAUCUCUCUUCUUUCUUGUUUUAAAGGGGGAAGAGAGACCUUUUUGAAUAUCCUUUGUGAUCAGAAUUCGUAACUCGUGUUUGACCUGCUUCAAUGGCAAAGGAGAUUAGGAAUCUGGAUGCGUGGAUGGAGGUAGUUCCUGCCCCUUUCAUUUACCCACGAAAGACUUCGAAUUCUCCUGGUUUAGAGACGAUUCCAGAGGAAAGUGUUGAGGAAGGUGAUGAUGAGCCAUAAAUUUUGAAUGGCUUUCUUGCCAUUCUUUGAAAAUGGAUCCGGUGCACAUUCUUAAAGACUCAGUUUGGAUGGAUUCAUCUCGAAAGCCUCCGUUUCGUUGGAAAGGAACUGCAGUGGUUCACAGAAUGGAUGCAGGCUUCGAUUGGGCGCUUUUAACAAAUGAAUUUUGGAAGUUCUUCUGACGUUGUCUGAUGCGCACGUCAUUGUAAAUUUGUAAUUAGUUUCUAUGUGGAUGUCUGUAAAUAGUUUUUCAAUAAAUGAGCACCAGAUGAAUUUUUCAUCUUACACCA